AUGGGCUUGAGCGAUGUCCCUGAUGUAAAGAUUGAUCCCGAUGGUGUCUUCAAGGCAUCCGUUUUGACUGGAAGUCGGAGUGUUUCGAAUCUUUAUGCUUCACUCGCAAAAAUUUUCCAACUGCUCUGCGAUCAGUCGAUUGGUUGGUUGACAUUGCAGCUAUAUUUGCAGGUAACAGAGAAGGGAUCCAAGAACGAGAAAGUGAUUGUGCGUGGCUUUCGCCGUUGCGCAUAUCAUGGCGAUAUUCUGGAUGAGACGGAAACGGAGCUCGGCGCGGACUAUGAACUGAAGUGCCUGGGCGGGGGUCGGAUCAAACAUGAGCCCAAAAAUCGUAGCAUACUGGUGUAUGGCUAUUCGCAGGUGGGCGUAUCUUUUGCGGUGUGCAAUGCUUGA